AUGAAAGUUUACUGCAUCGGCGGCUCUCGCAACAUCGGCUAUUUUGCCAGCGUGCGGCUGCUAGCUAAAGGUCACACGGUUACGUUCCUUCUACGCUCACCGAGCGUCUUCGAAGAGGAUGAAACCAUGCAGAGGUACAUCCGCGCCGGAGCGGCGCGACUUGUGCAAGGCGACGCGCUCAAGAAGGAGGAUGUGCAGCGUGGAUGGCAGGAGGCGGCCAAGCCUAUGAACGGGGGUGACCAAUCCGGCGUUGACAUUCUUCUCUUCACGCUCGGCGGAACGCCCAAGUUCGAUAUGUUCAAAGGACUUGUCAUCUCUCCGCCUGACUUGGUGACCCAUGCCACACUGAACGUCCUUACCACUCUGCCGACGCCCUACCCCCGUAUCGUCACCGUCACCUCCACUGGAUUAACCAAGCAGUCUCACAAGGAGCUGCCAAUGGCCAUGCGCACCAUGUAUGGCUAUCUUCUUCGGUCGCCGCACGAGGAUAAGCAAGGUGUCGAGACGGUACUCGCGCGGGCAUCGGGGACGAUUGUGGACCCGACUAUGGCGCCGCCGGAGGGUAUCCUGCCUGUAGGAUGGGAGCGCGACCCAGAAUUCCCUGAGCCAGGUGCUCUACGCGAUGUUCUGGUGGUCAUUCGCCCGGCGUUCCUUACUGAUGGGCCUUGCUUGAGCGAGACGAAAGGACCGGCCACUGUGCGCACGCGCAUCGAGGCGGAUCUUCCCGUCAAGGGCGGGUACACGAUCAGUAGGCAAGACGUGGCGUACUUCAUCGCUGAGCGGGUCCUCGGCAACGAAUGGGAGGAGUGGAGGGGCAAGGGCGUCUCGCUUGCUCACUAG